GUUAUCUGCUCUUCAGUAGCUUGAUUACAUAGUAGUCGACAGGGGACGCUGUCAGUAUCUUCUUUUUAGCGCAGUUUUAAGGACUGAAAGUCUCAACACCGAUUGAUAUUUUGUUAUAAACCUCUUCUAAGAUGCCUAACAUCAAAUUGCAAAGUUCUGAUGGUGAAACGUUUGAAGUUGAUGUGGAGAUUGCUAAACAAUCUGUCACAAUAAAAACUAUGUUAGAAGAUCUCGGCGUUGAUGAUGAAGAUGAAGAAGCUGUCCCUCUGCCCAAUGUAAAUGCUGCCAUCCUGAAAAAGGUGAUUCAGUGGUGUACGUAUCACCGGGAUGAUCCUCCACCUCCUGAGGAUGAUGAAAAUAAAGAAAAAAGGACAGAUGACAUUUGUUCCUGGGAUACAGAGUUUUUGAAGGUAGACCAGGGAACUCUGUUUGAAUUGAUUUUGGCUGCUAAUUACUUGGAUAUCAAGGGACUUCUUGAUGUUACCUGUAAAACAGUGGCUAAUAUGAUCAAAGGCAAAGCUCCUGAUGAGAUACGCAAAACAUUCAACAUUAAAAACGAUUUCACCCCUGCAGAAGAGGAACAGGUGCGGAAGGAAAAUGAAUGGUGUGAAGAAAAAUAAGUGAAGAAAAAACCUGAAUAAUAGUUUUAAUUUAAAUUUUCCAUACACAUUCACACCCUUUGGUUUUAUUUUAUUUUUUAAUUUAUGGACAUAUCAUAUGUGUUUUCCUUGUCUUUUGAAACAAAAACAAAUUUCUCUCAAGAACUUUUGUUUCUUUUCCUGCCCCAAGUACUUUCCCCUUAUAACUUUUUUUUUUCUUGACUGUCAAUUUCUAGUCCCAUCUUGGCUAUUAGAAAUUUAAUCUAGUCUUGUACAAUAAACUAUAGGGUAAUUUAAGCUUCUAUUCAUGAUGUAAAAAACAAAAAGGAAGAAACCAACCUUUAGGAAUCUCUUAGGUUAAUGCCAAGUCUUAUUUUAUUGUUUGUAUCAAAAGACAAGAUUUCUGUGCAAAAAAAAUCAAAAAAAAAAGGAAUUAAGAAAAAAAAAAACUCCCUCAAGACUAAAAGUUUGUUAGUCACUAACUUAUGCCGUCGUUUUGUUUUUGUUUUUUUUCCCCCCCACUUUUAAUUUUCUUUCUUAUUACUUAGUCAAAUAAGGAACGGCAGUACAUUUUACCUUUAGUUUUCAGGGCCUUAGACUGAAAGGAAAAUGUUACUCUCAUACUACAUGCUACAGUUAGGGCUUUGCUUAAGGCACUCAAUAUCCAGGGUGGUACUAAAUCAAGCUUGCUACUUGAGAACAAAGAUAGCCCAUUCAACAAGCUUCUACAUAUUUUUCUAACAACCGAAUUCAAUUCACAAAAUUUUUUGUCAAACCAAGGCAAUAAUUAGAAGGCUCUUUACACAGCGACCCACACAUUGGGAUUUGGUCUGAAAUCAUAGUUGCAAAGUAAACUUCUUAACCACACAGCUGUA